CAUAUUAAAACCCCUCCAAUUUUACCCAAUAUUUCACACACUCUUUUGAGUACAGAAAAAUGGAAUUUCCCUCCCUUGUUUUUCUCUUUUCCCUUCUUCUUCUUCUUCUUCAAUUUCCUCCAUGUCGAUCCAGCUACCACGAUUACCAAGACGCAUUAACAAAAUCGAUUCUGUUUUUCGAAGGCCAGCGCUCCGGUUUCUUGCCGCAGGAUCAGCGACUGACUUGGCGAGCUAACUCUGGAUUGAGUGAUGGAUGGAUGUACAACACGGACCUCACCGGCGGCUACCACGACGCCGGCGACAACGUCAAGUUCGGAUUUCCGAUGGCCUUCACCACCACAAUGCUGGCCUGGAGCGUAAUCGAGUUCGGAGACAUGAUGCCGUCGAGUGACCGGAGGAAUGCGCUCGUCGCAAUUCGCUGGGCCACCGAUUUCCUGCUCAAGAUGGUUUCUCAACCGAACCGGAUUUUCGUUCAGGUGGGGGAUCCGAAUGUAGAUCAUAGUUGUUGGGAAAGACCGGAGGAUAUGGAUACGCCGAGGACAGUUUAUGCCGUGGAUGCGCCGAACCCAGCUUCGGAUGUGGCAGCAGAGACGGCAGCUGCUCUGGCGGCUUCAUCAAUGGCGUUCAGAUCAUCUGACCCAGGAUAUGCAGAAACAUUGUUACGGAAUGCCAUUACAGCAUUCCAAUUUGCAGACAAUUACAGAGGAGCCUACAGUGACAAUUCCAAUAUCAGAGACGGCGCCUGCCCGUUUUACUGUGAUUUUUCCGGUUACCAAGAUGAAUUGCUCUGGGGAGCAGCAUGGCUGAGGAGGGCUUCUCAAGACAAUUCUUACCUUAGUUACAUAGAGAACAAUGGCAAAACACUCGGCGCUGAUGAUAAUAUUAAUGAAUUCGGUUGGGACAACAAGCACGCCGGCCUAAAUGUUCUUGUUUCCAAGGAAGUUCUUGAAGGAAAUAUGUACACACUCCAAUCAUACAAAGCAUCAGCGGAUAGCUUCAUGUGUACGCUAAUACCGGAAUCAUCCUCCUCCCACAUCGAGUACACACCCGGUGGCCUCAUCUACAAGCCUGGCGGCAGCAAUCUCCAACACGCAACCUCAAUCUCCUUCCUCCUCCUCGUCUACGCCAAUUACCUGGAUCGAACCUCCCAAGCGCUCAACUGCGGCAACGUAAUCGUCGCACCGAAUCACCUCCGGUUACAAGCGAAGAAGCAAGUCGAUUACAUCUUAGGCGACAAUCCGAAAGGACUAUCGUACAUGGUCGGCUACAGCAACUAUUAUCCGCAGCGAAUUCACCACCGAGGCUCGUCGUUGCCGUCGACCAAGGAUCAUCCUCAGUUCAUCUCCUGUAAAGAGGGUUCGGUUUACUUCAAUUCCACCGAUCCGAACCCGAACGUGCUAGUGGGUGCGGUGGUGGGCGGACCGGGGGACGACGACGGGUAUGAGGAUGAUCGGGUGGACUUUCGGAAGUCGGAGCCAACGACGUAUAUUAAUGCACCUUUUGUUGGUGUAUUAGCGUAUCUUGCAGCUAAUCCUAAUAUUAGUUAGUCAAAAUGAGGCUAAUUAAUCUGUACAUAAUCUUUUUAAAAAAGUGAAAAAAAGAUUGGAGUCUCUCGUCUUGGACUAAAGCAAAGAGGGAAGAGGCUAAUUUAGAGGGGGAGGUUUAGGUGGCGGGUUGUCACAUUUCACAAGAGCUCCUUGUGAAUCUUUCGGAAUGAGGGUAAAGUGUUUUUAUUAAAGAUGUAAAACCAUUAUAUGCUCACAUCUUCAUCAAUCAAAAGCGAAAGCAUUU